AUGGAUAAGGCAAAAAUUCAGGUUAUUGAGAAACUACCACCACCUACAUUAGUAUAUGGAGUUCGAAGUUUCCUUGGGCAUGUAAGGUUUUACAGGAGGUUUAUAAAGGACUUCUCCAAAAUUACCAAGCCUCUAUGCAACUUGCUAAUGAAAGAGGUAUCUUUUGAGUUUAAUGAGGAAUGUCAUCAUCUACAUAGAUCAUACCGCUAUGAAGUACCUUAUGACAAAGAAAAGUCGAGAUUGAUCCGCUGGAUAUUGUUGUUGCAAGAGUUCGAUAUUGAGAUCAAGGAUAAGAAGGGCAGUGAAAAUGUGGUAGCUGAUCACCUAUCAAGAUUGGAACGGGAUGAACCUGAGAUAUCAGUUGACAUCAAUGAAAUCUUUCCAGAUGAGCAAAUUUUUGGAGUAGAAAAAGUCCCAUGGUACGUCGAUAUUUUUAACUACCUUGCUAAGUCCAUUCCUCCACCCGAAAGAGGAGCAGAUCAGAUAGUCAGAAGAUGCAUUCCUGAAGAUGAAGUACUGGAGAUUCUAGAGCAUUGUCACUCUUCUGCAUAUGCUGGGUAUUUUGGAGCUUCAAAGACUGCUGCAAAGAUCCUACAGUCGGGUUUCUACUGCCUACUUUAUUCAGAGACACAUUCGACUGUUGCAUUACCUACCAACGACACAAAAGUGGUAAUAGAGUUCUUGAAGAAGUACAUAUUUACAAGAUAUGGUACACCGAGGGCGAUAAUAAGUGAUGGAUGCAAACACUUCAUAAAUCGUCAACUAGAGCAGCCGUUGAAAAAAUAUGGGGUGAAACAUAAAGUAGCAACUCCAUAUCAUCCACAAACCAAUGGUUUUUGGGAAAGCGUGUCAUCUACCAUUGGAGUUGGAGCACUGAGCAUAUUGGGUUAUGAAACAGUUGAAUAUGGAUCUCAAGGCUACUGGUGA